UGUUUCCCAGCUUCCUCUGCACUUCCUGCUUUCGUUCAGCAGAGGAGUCGGAAAGAAAACAAGAUGCGAUAGUUGAACUUCACUGAAGAGUUGUGACUAAUGACAGCCUCAAUAACGUGUCACUGACCGAUCAUUUAAAUGCAAUUUCUCUGGAGCCAAGGCGUGUGGCAGUAAUAGAAAUUGAAAUAUGCAGUUCUCUCCCACCAACGGAGAUUUCACGUUCGUGUCUUCGACAGAGGCUGAAGAGCUCAGCGGCACCAUCAGCACCCCAGAUGUUAAACUGAACAUGGGGAGUGACGGUGGGAAAGACCCAUACGCCACCACCUUCCUGAGGCAACGAGGCUAUGGCUGGCUGCUGGAGGUGGAGGAGGAGGAUAGUGAAGAGAGCAAACCUCUACUGGAGGAGCUGGACAUUGACUUAAAGGACAUCUAUUACAAGAUUCGAUGUGUGCUGAUGCCAAUGCCAUCACUGGGUUACAACCGGCAGGUGGUUAGAGACAACCCGGACUUCUGGGGCCCUCUGGCUGUGGUACUGCUCUUCUCCAUGAUCUCCAUCUAUGGCCAGUUCAGGGUCGUGUCUUGGAUCAUCACCAUCUGGAUAUUUGGAUCACUAACCAUCUUCCUGCUGGCUCGUGUUCUUGGUGGAGAAGUUUCUUAUGGUCAGGUCCUUGGAGUGAUUGGGUAUUCCCUCCUUCCUCUCAUCGUCAUAGCCCCUCUACUCUUGGUGAUUGGAGGCUUCGAGGUGGUUUCUACACUAGUCAAACUGUUCGGAGUUUUCUGGGCUGCAUACAGUGCUGCUUCACUGCUCGUCGGAGAUGAAUUUAAAACAAAGAAACCCCUUCUCAUAUACCCCAUUUUCCUUUUGUAUAUCUACUUCCUGUCACUAUAUACUGGAGUGUGAUUGGAUGACCUGGAACUGUGGACCUUUUCAUGGACAGUGACCCUGGAGCAUGGGUGGGAAAAAAAAACUAUAAAACCAGGACUUUUUUAAAACUGUUAUUCUAGAUGUUGGGGAAGUUGGGAAUAUAUAUCAAUGUAUAUAGUUUUUCCCUUAUGUCUUUGGUCAAUAAAGUGCAUAUGCUUUUGCAGCUUAAA